AUGCAAAAUAUAAAGACUGUUUAUAUUACUUCUCAUUAUGGUUGGGACCAAAAUGAAAAAACUAUUAUGGUAUAUCUUUCCAUUCCAAAUGCUGAUACUAUUCAAAAGGAAAACUAUUCUUUGGAUGUCAAACCUCGUAGUGUUCAUCUAUGCAUCAAUGAUCAUCAAGGUUCCAAUUAUAGCUUUAAGUUGACUCAACUUUGUGGAGAACUUGAAUCAAAAGAAACAAAAAUCAAGUUCAAACCAAACAAGAUUGUGCUUUAUCUACAAAAAAAAGAAAUUGGGAAAUAUUGGAAUGAUCUCAAAAUAAAAAGUGUACGUGACGUUUAUAAUCAACUUGAAAGAAAAAUGAAGAAUGAUGCUCAUUAUCAAAAUACAAUCAGGAAAGAUGAGAAGGAUGGAGAUGGUCAGAAAUCUACUUUAGAAAACGUCAUCCAUGAAACAUUUGAAAAUAAAAGUCCAAUGUCACGUCAAACAGCAGAAAAACUCUUACAACAAACCAUAUCAAACCGUUAUAGUAGUGAUGAUCCUUUUAUUAUCUCUGACCUAAUCUAUUCUUUACCCAAUCAUCAUCAUCAUCAUCAUUCUUCUCCUGAAAAACAUUGAUAUCUUGAUUCUAU